AUCCACCGUCAUGCCUGAUCAAAGUAUAAAUGAAGUAGGUACAGUUGAUGGUUUGGCUGAUGUUGAAGUAUCAGUAAACAAUAGUCCCGCACCAUCAUCUGUUCCUACUAUAACGCAAAUUGGUAGACCAUAUUUCACAUCUGGUGAAUUAAAAUAUUUACAUGGUAAAACUAUAAAGGUAAGUCAAAGACCACAUUAUGAAAGAAUUACUCAUCAAGUAUUUCAAUUUUGCUUUCAAAUAAUAAAACAAAUGAAGUUUCCAUUACGGGUACUUUCAACUACUAUGAAUUAUUAUCAAAGAUGGUAUCUUUUUAAUGAAUUUGAUAUUAAUAGACAAAACCAAGAUGAAAUGGAAGAUGAAUUAACAUUUGGAUCCUUUGAAAUAGAUCCAUUUAUAAUUGCUACAGCUUGCUUAUUUUUAGCUUGUAAAAAUGAAGAUUGUAUUAAAAAGUUAAAAGAUAUUCAAACUGUAGCUAAUAAAAUACGAGAGAUUGAUGAUUCAAAAUUUACUAAUGAAAGAACUACUGCAUCUUUAGUAGCUGCAGCAUCUAAUGGAAAUGGAAAUAAUUCUUCUAAUAGUGGUAGUGGGAAUGGAAUUACAUCAAGUGGGAAUAAUGGAGUUGCAAAUCUUAAUCAAUAUUAUACAAUACAAGAAUUACAAAGAAAAGUCAUUUUAGCAUUAGAAUUUAAGUUACUUCAAAUUAUAAAAUUCGAUUUCAAUAAUGGUGGGUCAACAAAUGUAAAAUUAACUAUUGAUCAAUUAUUAAUUCAAUUUUGUAAAAAGUUAAACAUAAAUUAUAAAUUUUCAUUAUUUUGUUGGUUAAUUCAUUAUGAUAUAAUUUCUACUCCAUUAAUUUUAACAGUUUCACCUCAUUGUAUUGCUUUAGCUAUUAUAAUAGUUACAUUAAAUUUAAAACCAAAUGAUUUAAAGGUUACUCAUUUUAAAGAUGUGGAAGAUAAUGAUUCUGACAUUAAUAAAACAUUAGAUACAAUUGAUAGUGUUGGUGGAUUUAGUUGUCCAGAAAUUCUUGUAAAUGAAGCAAUAAUUUAUAUUUUGGACUUUUACAUUCAUAAGUAUUCCCAUUCUAUAUUAAACAAUUAUCUUCCACCAAUCGAUGUUAAGACAGGUAAAGAUCAGACUUUUAAAUUUAUGGAGUUAAAAUCAAAAUUCAAUGACCUCAAGAUAUUAUCUGAAAAGAGUUCAUCUACUGCUGAUUUAUUACAACAAGAUAACUAUUUAAAUCCUUGGGAUUAUACAAUAGCCGGUAAGGGUUCUACCAGAUUCAUGACCGCAAAUAAGAGAAGAAAGUUUGCAACAGAACUUCAGAAAGAAUCUACAUAGAUAAGAUAAAGAUAGGAUAAGAUAAAGAUAGGAUAAGAUAA